AUGGUCAAUCCUGUUUGUGUGGUUUCGAAACAAGCUGGAAAUUCAUCUGAUCAAAUGCAGAUUCAUUCUUUACCAUGCAAAAUUGAAUACAAUGGUCCAGCACAAGUUUCCGGAUAUUUCACUAUUCAUGAGGAUUCUAAUGGAAAGAAACGAGCUGCUUUUCGUGGACAUGGACUUGAGGGAAUGAAACUUGAUCUGCCUCCGAAUUAUGAGCUUUGUAUACUCAAAAAGAGAGAUAAUGGCGUGUUCGAUAUUGAAAGUCGACAAAAAUCCUUCACGCUUUGGGAGUGGGACCGAGAAGCUGAUAAGCGAUCUACCAUGGCUAGAGCUUUAUCACAAUUACGAGUUGCUCAUGCUCUUGCUGACGACUAA